UUUCAUAGACAAACCCAACCCAUCUUCCCAAAUAUUCCCUCUCAAAUUGCUAAAUCUCUCAUUUCAUCGUCAUCAUCAAAGAACACAAACCCCUUUUUAAGCUUCAGUUCUUCUGACAAAUCCUAGAGAGAAGCCCAGACCAAUCUCAGGAAGACCAGAAACAUGGGACUCUGCUUCACCAAAUCCCAAGACAUUCCCAUCUCCUCCUCUGACUCCCCUCCCCGGCCCUACCACCCCAAGCCAUCCCAGCCCCACCACCCUGCCUACCCGACCCGUCCAGCCCCGGUGCCGCAGUAUUCAUCGCCGUCCUUAUCCAGGCAUCCCAUCCCGCCUUCCCAGAUCGGCCCCAUCCUUCGGAAGCCCUAUGUGGAUAUAACCUCCAUCUACGUUCUCGACAAGGAGCUGGGGCGGGGCCAGUUCGGGGUCACGUACCUCUGCACCGAGAGGUCGACGGGGAGGAAGUAUGCGUGCAAGUCCAUCUCAAGGAGGAAGCUCCCCACCGACAAGGACAUCGACGACGUCCGCCGCGAGAUCCUCAUCCUCGAGCACCUGUCCGGCCAGCCCAACAUCGUCGAGUUCAAGGGCGCGUACGAGGACCGCCAGAAUCUACAUUUGGUCAUGGAGCUAUGCUCCGGAGGGGAGCUGUUCGAUCGGAUAAUUGCGAAGGGUGUGUACUCGGAGAGGGAAGCGGCGAAGAUCUGCCGGCAGAUAGUGAACGUGGUGCACGUUUGCCACUUCAUGGGAGUAAUGCACAGAGACUUGAAGCCGGAGAACUUCUUGCUCGUCAGCAAAGCCGAGGAUUCCCCGCUUAAGGCCACUGAUUUCGGGCUCUCCGUCUUCAUCGAGGAAGGGAAGGUGUACCGGGACAUCGUGGGAAGUGCAUACUAUGUUGCCCCGGAGGUGUUGCAUCGGAACUAUGGAAAAGAAAUCGAUGUGUGGAGCGCCGGGGUCAUACUGUACAUCCUCCUCUGCGGUUCUCCACCAUUUUGGGCUGAGAAUGAGAAGGGAAUAUUCGACGCAAUACUAGAGGGGAAGCUCGACUUAGAAAGCGCUCCGUGGCCAACGGUUUCACCUUCUGCAAAAGAUCUCAUCAGGAAGAUGCUGACAAGAGAUCCUAGGAAGAGGAUCACGGCUGCCCAAGCCCUCGGACACCCUUGGAUGAAGGAAGAUGGAGUAGCAUCCGACCGGCCGAUUUCUAGUGCAGUGCUAACGAGGAUAAAGCAGUUUAGGGCAAUGAACAAGAUGAAGAAGCUUGCUCUUAAGGUUAUCGCCGAGAACUUGUCCGAGGAGGACAUCAAGGGCUUGAGGCAGAUGUUCAACAACAUGGACACAGACGGGAGCGGAACGAUAACAUUCGAGGAGCUUAAGACGGGACUUUCACGGCUGGGAUCUAAGCUCAGUGAAGCGGAGAUGAAGCAGUUAAUGGAUGCUGCUGAUGUUGACAAGAACGGGACCAUCGACUACAUCGAGUUCAUAACCGCUACGAUGCAUCGCCACAGACUGGAGAAGGAAGAACACUUGUACAAGGCCUUCCAGUACUUUGAUAAGGACAAUAACGGAUUCAUCACGAGAGAGGAGCUGAGACAGGCAAUGCAACAACACGGAAUGGGUGAUGAAGCAACCGUAGACGAAGUCAUUGACGAUGUGGAUACCGAUAAAGAUGGAAGAAUUAACUAUGAGGAGUUUCUGGCGAUGAUGAGGAAGGGAAAUCCGAUGGGAAGCAAAGAUGAUUAGCAUCCAUUGGGAUGUAUAUGUGAUGUAAUAUCUUGUAUGAUAUGUAAGUCCCUAAUAAUUCUACCAUAGCACGCGUCCAGGAGCUGCUUUCUUA